UGGAGUUCAAUGACGUUCUGAGCUUUCAUAAGUCAGCUCUCCUCUUCAUGGUGCAAAGAUGUCUUUAUCCUUUUUAUUAAGAACAAUUACGAGAGAUGUUGCAAAGGUCAACAUCUGCCAACAUGUCCAGUCGCUACACACAGGCUGUCAGCUUCUGGCCGCAGAUAAAGCCCUCCUGAUGAAACUGCGGAAAAACACCGGAUACACUUUCAUUAACUGCAAGAAAGCACUGGAGAAGUUUGAUAAUGACAUAACACAGGCAGAGAGCUGGCUACAUGAGCAGGCCCAGAAGGAGGGCUGGACUAAAGCAAACAAACUGGAGGGUCGCAAAGCCCAAGAGGGUCUGAUCGGCCUGUUUAUAGGAGAUAAAGCUGCUGUCAUGGUGGAGGUAAACUGUGAGACAGACUUUGUCGCCCGCAAUGAGAAGUUCCAGCAGCUGGUGAAGGAUGUGGCGUUUGCCACUUUGGCUCACCAUCAGAAUAAAAAACAAAGCCAGACAGGAUAUGUGAAGAGUAUCCUGGCAGGUGAUGAGUUAAACAACCUCAGUGUGGAUGAAGGUGCUUCACUUGCUGACAGGGUGGCUCUCACAAUAGGCCGCCUUGGUGAGAACAUGUCAGUGAGGCGGGCAGUGACUGUUGGUGUCCCUGCUGAAUGGCACAUCGGUUCGUACAUACAUGGCGCCGUGAGCGGCCAGACUGAGGUGGCCAUGGGUCGGUACGGCUCCCUGGUCGUAUUUCAGGGUGGAAAGGAGGAAGAGCGGGAAGUUCUAGGACGUAAGCUUGGACAGCAUAUAGUGGGAGAGGCCCCAGAGUCCCUGGGCAACAUGGAUGACCUGCCUUGUGGGGAAAGUGAGACACGCCUGCUGCCUCAGACCUUCCUGGGAGACCCCAGCAGGACUGUGGCUCAGUUCCUGAGGGGCCAAGAGGCUCGAGUGCUGGACUUUGUCCGAUUUCAGUGUGGAGAGGCAGCCAGUGGAGAAGCAAAUUGAAGGGAGGGAAAUAAUUUAUCAGAAAAUAUUUGUCACGUGUCUUUAUGUAAUAUGGAGAAAAAUUGCAACUAGUCAUUUAUUCUUGAACAUUCAGACCAUCACAA